AUGAGACUGCGAGGAGGGCGGGACCUUAACCUCGACUCACACUUGGAGCUGGCCCCUGUCACCUGGCUGCCUGGCGCUCUCAGCAAAGGUGUGCGUCUGCGCUUGCGUCAAGAUCGGCGUGACCACAGGGGGCGCAGCUGCUGGCAUCUGGUUAACUUGGAUCCAGAGUCAGAGCCAACCGUGCAGAGUAUGAAGAUCCAGGACUCCGACACACAAAGUCUGAUGAGUUCCUUGUCCGCCGGCUCAGAGAUGCAGGCUUCCGCUCUUGACCCACAGUUCAUACCGGGGCCCCAAGGUAAGGUGCCUGGCAGGAAGCGAGGACGCCCUCCUAUCCGAAAGCUGGAGUUCCAGAGCCACUAUGUUGAAACUCUGUCGCCCCUUAAGGUCCCGAAGAAAAGAGGCAGGAAGCCUGGCUUUAAGCUGAAGCCCCGGAUGGUGAUGUCCCCUCUAGCCAAUUCUCCUCCCAGCAGCACACCAGAGCCAGAGAUGGGCUCCAUCCCACAGGACGCUGCCAUCGUCCCCCAUUCUGCCACACCACAGGUCCUGACAGCGGAGACGCCAUUGGCUGAUGAUUUUUUAUGUGACCCACCGGUGGACUCGAGGCGCUAUGCUAUAGAUCCCAGUGACUCUGCAUUCAGCGUCACAACAUCACAGUAUCAGACGAAGCAGUCCUACGGUUACCGUGGCAGCAGUUGCUCUGCUACAGCAGGCAUGUGCAGACAAGCGUCAAGCCCAGGAAGUCACCAGGAAGGAAACAGAAAUGCCUACAGCCCGAUGUCAGAUGCCGGAGAGUGCAAGCGUCCUGUCGGUAAGGACCCUUCCAGCUGGGGUGUAGAGGAUGUGGUUUGGUUCAUUAAAGAUGCUGAUCCCCAAGCUCUGGGACCCCAUGCGGAAGCAUUCAGGAAGCAUGAAAUAGAUGGGGACGCCCUACUCCUUCUUAAAAGCGAGAUGAUGAUGAAGUACCUGGGAUUGAAGCUGGGACCAGCGCUCAAACUCUGCUACCACAUCGACAGGCUUAAGCAGAGCCGGUUGUGAGCCGAGUCCUCGAUCGCCUCGUUAAUUUUUAAGAGCAACGAGUCGGUGCCGAUUCCCGAAACCUUUCUAAGUCAUCAGCAAUACAUCACGAACGUCUGAUCCAAAUAUAUGCUGGCUUUUACUACAUUUACACCACACUUUGUCCACAGAUUGGACACUGUGACUGUACAUGUGAGGACUUUUAAGAGCUCAAACAGUUAUUUUACUUUUGUCUCUCUUUACUUUAUACCUGAACUGCUUUAGAUUGUAAAUAGUUUGUCGCCAAACAGAUGGCAGCUACGGUAUAUUGAAGUACGACCUUUAAUAAUCAUUUUUGAGCUUGGGCAUCGUUAAUUUGUGCAGAUCAUAAUCA